AUGUCAAUUACAAACUCCAGGAACAGCGCCAAGAUAUGGAGAAAGAGAUUGCAAAUGUCCGUACUGAAUUUUCAUUCUCUAAAUCAAAAGGUGGAUAUCAUCUGCGAUGUUGUUACUAAAUUCGCAAAGUUUUACGAAAGUUUGAGUCCACAAAUUACUCAACUUUCUACAACUGAGAAUAAAAAUUCCAUGGAGGUUUUUUCAAUGCUAAAGGAGCUAAAAGCUUUAUCUUUUGCACCUAAUUCGUCUUCUUUACUUUCUUCUGAAGAUCUUAUCAACAAAUUUUCCAAAUUCGAAGGCUUACUUCUUCAGCAGUUGGAUCUUCUUUCCAGAAUAUCAAGCCUUCUUCCUACCAUAGAUGCCCCACCUGGUAGCACAGGGGUGCAAGGGGGAGAAAAGAAAGUUGAAGGUACGAAGGCUAGUGGCGAAGAUGCAAAGGUUGUGGGUAAGGUGUUUCCUUCCAAAAUUCCAACUUGA